AUGGCCGACGACCAGACAGCAGCCGGAAUCAAGGACGAGGAGUUUGAGCAGAAGAAGCAGGCCACCUCCUCGGUCAAGUCGUUCCUCUCGGGUGGUUUCGGCGGUGUCUGCUCCGUUCUCGUCGGACACCCCUUCGACCUCACAAAGACCCGCCUGCAGACCGCUGCCGAGGGCACCUACACUGGCGGCCUCGAUGUCGUCAAGAAGACCAUCAAGGCGGACGGAAUCCGAGGUCUCUACCGAGGAAUGGGCCCGCCGCUGGUCGGAGUGACGCCCAUCUUUGCGCUUUCGUUCUGGUCCUACGACAUGGGCAAGAAGCUCGUCUACGCCGCCACCCCCGGUCGCACGGACCCCAAGCUCUCGCUCCCAGAGCUCGCAUUUGCCGGCUUUUUCAGCUCCGUCCCCACGACGAUGGUUGCUGGUCCCGCGGAACGUGUCAAGGUCCUCCUCCAGCUCCAAGGUCAGGGGAACACCACUGGCCCCGUCUACAACGGCCCCGUUGAUGUUGUCCGCCAGCUGUACAAGGAGGGCGGUCUCAAGUCGAUUUUCCGUGGAACUGGUGCCACCCUGGCUCGUGACGGCCCUGGAAGCGCUGCCUACUUCUGCGCUUACGAGGGUGCCAAGCGCAUGCUGACGCCCCCUGGCCAGGACGCCCAGGAGCUCAACCUGCUCAAUGUCCUUACCGCCGGUGGUCUGGCCGGUAUGGCCAUGUGGGCGCUGGCCAUCCCUCCGGAUGUCAUCAAGUCGCGAUACCAGGGAGCCCCGCACGGCACCUACACCGGCUUUGUCGACUGCGCCAAGAAGACGGUCGCUAAGGACGGCGUCAAGGCGCUCUUCAAGGGCUUCGGACCGGCCAUGGCUCGUGCCUUCCCCGCCAACGCCGCCACCUUCCUCGGCGUUGAGGUCUCGCUCUCGCUGAUGAACAAGGCCUUCUAA